UUUACAGCGUGGGUACUCUUCUUCCUAAUAGAAGAGGGUUUCGCUCUGGCACAGAGAGCUAAAGAGGUCCAGAGCGAACAUGGUGCCCAGAGCCCCAACCAGAACGACUGUGGCACGUGGGUGCGUAACAUCAAUGGGGGGGUGUUCACGUCGCCGAACUACCCCAACACCUACCCACCCAACAAGGAGUGUGUCUACAUCCUGGAAGCCCUCCCUAGACAAAGGAUUCAGCUGGCUUUCGAUAAGAAUUACUACAUUGAGCCCUCGUUUGAGUGCCGCUUUGAUCACAUAGAAAUCCGUGAUGGGCCGUUUGGGUUCUCACCGAUGAUCGAUCGCUUUUGCGGGGGAAAGAACCCGGGCCUGGUCACGUCAACGGGACGUUUCAUGUGGAUCAAGUUCACCAGUGACGAGGAGCUGGAGGGUCUUGGCUUCCGCAUCAAGUACACCUUCAUUGCAGACCCUGAUUUCCAUUUGCACGUGGGUGGACUGCUAAACCCCAUACCAGACUGUCAGUUUGAAAUUGGCGGAUGGGAUGGGAUUAUCCGCUCCAGUCAGGUGGAAGAGGAAGAACGAGUGAAGCCUGGUGAUGCUCUGGACUGCAUCUGGACCAUCAGGGCGCCCCCUCAGUCCAAGAUCUACCUGCGCUUCAUGGAGUACCAGAUGGAACACUCUAAUGAGUGCAAGAAGAACUUUGUGGCCGUGUACGACGGCAGCAGUGCCAUCGAGAACCUCAAGGCCAAGUUCUGUAGCACCGUGGCCAAUGACGUGAUGUUGGAUAAUGGCGUGGGCGUCGUGCGAAUGUGGGCCGAUGAGAAGAGUCGACUCAGCCGGUUCCGCAUGCUCUUUACUUCCUUUGUUGACCCCCCGUGUUCGUCCAGUACGUUUUUUUGCCAUAGCAACAUGUGUAUUAACAACUCUCUGGUGUGCAAUGGGGUCCAGAACUGUGUCUACCCAUGGGAUGAAAACCACUGCAAAGAGAAGCGAUCAAAGGGGCUUUUCCAUCAGAUCACUAAGACCCAUGGCACUGUCAUUGGUGUCUCGUCGGGGAUUGUUCUGGUUCUUCUCAUUAUCUCCAUCCUGGUCCAAAUGAAACAGCCAAGAAAAAAGGUUGUAGCACGUCGACCCGGUGUUUUCAACAAGGCUGGAUUCCAAGAGGUGUUUGACCCUCCGCACUACGAGCUUUUCUCUCUACGGGACAAGGAGAUCUCCUCAGACCUUGCUGACCUGUCUGAGGAGCUGGACAGCUUCCACAAGCUGCGGCGCUCCUCCACCUUGUCCCGCUGUGUCCACGAGCAUCACUGUGGCUCACAAGGCUCGGUGGGCACUGGUGGCGGCAGUAUGAAGCACAGUCGCACCACCCUGAGCUCUAUGGAGCUGUCCUACCACAACGACUUCUCCAAGCCACCGCCCAUGAAGACUUUCAACUCCACGGCCAGCUACAAGAAGAGCUGCUACGGCUACAAGCAGCACUCACAGACUCACGACUGCGACCAGCAGGUCAUUGAGGACCGCGUCUCGGAGGAGAUGCCAUGUGAGAUCUACGGCCGCGGUGGCGGAGGAGUGUUAGGAGGAGCCGCAGGUGGAGGAGCAAUGGGAGGCCCAUCAGGAAUAGCAGGAGGAGGAAUUGGAGGGCCAGUGGGGAUAACAGGAGGAUUGGCGAUGGGUGGAGGAAUGGGUAUGCCGGGUGGAGGAAUGGGUAUGCCAGGUGGAGGAAUGGGUAUGCCGAGUGGAGUGGGCAUGGCAGGGCCAAGUGGCAUUGCUGGAGGUAUCGGUGGUGGGAUGGCGGGAGCCUGUGGAACCCUCAGUGUCCGUGGCACAAGCGCUCGUAACAGCACCACCAUAGUUGAUCCCCAACAGCGCUCCAUUUCCAUGGACUUCUAG